UUUUGUGUUAUUUAAAUGUAGAUAUAUAUGCCAGAAUCCUAAAUUGCCUUAAUAUUUAGUUGACAGAUAGAAUUACCUGGCUGGCUUCUCUUUUUCUGGAAUGACUAGUUAUUAAUUUGCUUCUUAUUAAGCGAUCUAACUUCAUUUCUUCGUUCAAAUUCUUAUUCACCAGACUUUUGUUCUACCAUAUAUAUAUUUUGACAGCAUUCUUCUUCCACACAAAAAAAGAUUGUUUGCUCAAUCGUUUCGAUAUUCAAAGAACAAGCUCUUGAAAAAGAGAGAUGUCAACCUUCACAAAACCUUCAAUGCAAAAAUCUUCACGUGAUGAUGCCGAGCAACUAAACCGUGCUUUCAAAGGAUUAGGCUGUGAUGCUGCCGUAGUUGUGAAUAUUCUUGCACUUAGAAAUGCGUCUCAACGUGAUAGCAUUCAACAAGAAUACGAGACCUUGUUCUCUGAUGACCUCAAAAAACAAUUAGCUCAUGAGCUUCAUGGCCAUCUCAAGAAAGCAGUUUUAUUAUGGAUGAAAAGUCCUAUAGAACGGGAUGUUACAACAUUGAGACAGGCUUUGACAGGACCUAUUUUUGAUGUCAAAGCUGCCACUGAAAUCAUAUGUACCCGCACUUCAUCCCAGAUUCGACAGAUUAAGCAAGUUUACACUCCUACUUUUGGCACGCGACUUGAGUAUGACAUUGGGUGUCACACAUCCGAUGAUCAUAAAAAGUUGCUACUCGCAUUUAUAGCAAUAACACGGUACGAUGGCCCAGAAAUUGAUAGUUUGUUGGUAGAGGAUGAUGCUAAAGCUAUCAACAAAAUUGGGGUGAAGAAAUCUGGAAUGGAUGAGAGCACUUUCAUUCAGAUUUUCACUGAAAGAAGCUCCGCACAUUUGAUUGCCCUUGCUUCUGUUUACCAUAAAAUGUUUGGAAAGGAACUGAGAAAGACAAUUAAAAGAGAAGCAUCAGGGAAUUUCAAGUAUGCCCUUCUAACAAUUUUGCAAUAUGCUGUUGAUCCAACAAAGCACUAUGCAACGGUGUUGCGCAAGGCAACGAAAGGUUUGGGUACAGACGAUAGUACUCUAAUCAGGAUACUGGUUACGAGGGCAGAGAUUGAUUUGCAGAAGAUCGAGGAAGAGUUCUUGAAGAAGUACAAAAGACCAUUACCUGAAGUUGUUCAUUCAGAGACAUCCGGUCACUACAGGGCCUUCCUUCUUUCCCUCUUAGGCUCUAAGUAAUAGCUCUAGAUCUCUUCCGUGGAGUUGUGUUAUCUACUGUGUGGAUUCCUGACUAGUAGUUUGACAUACCGAAUAUGAAUGAUAUAGAACAUGACAAGCUGUUUCCUUGACAUCGAACAACGACUCUGGAAUUCGACAUACCAACCGAAAGCAGUGUGAAGUUGAAAAGAACUGGAUGGUGGGUUUUUAUCCACCCUUGUUCCUGGCUUGUCAAUCAUAAAAUUUCUCCAUCAACCACACAAAAUCUUUAAUUUGUGUAGUUGGUUGGUUGUUUGCUUAUAAUUGACAAAAGGAUGGGGUCUGAUGUUGAUUUAGCUGUCUGUAUCAAUAUUGUCUGAGAACAUUAAUCCUGCAGAAUAAAUUUGAUAAAUAAUCCAUGGACUCA